AAGACUUGAAUUCAAAUGCAGACACUUCCUUGGCUAUAUGACCCUACGCAAGGCACUUAUCCUCUCUUUGCCUCAAUUUCCUCAGUUUCAGAAUGGGGAUAAUAAUAGCACCUACCUCUCACACUUGUUUUUCCUUUAGGGAGCUGAAAGCUGAUGAGCCCUGAACUAAGGAGAGCAAGAAGCCUCUUCUCAAUGGCACUCAGUGAAGAGAAGACUUUGGCAGAGAGGGCGACUGGAGCAGAGGCAGUGCUGGAUGGGAGCGUGAAGCACCACGGAGGCUGGAACAGGCAGAAACUAGAGGCUGACUGCUCCGUGGGUCUGGGCAGCACGCAGCCUUUUCUGGAUGCCAGUGGAGGAAAAUGCAGCCCCCUGGGGGAGGAAGAAGAGCUGACCAUCAGGAAGGCCAGGCCCGCCCACGUGGCUGCGGCUGGAACGUGGGAAAAGCACCACGCCCACAAAGAAGGCAGCUCGCUGACCUCAGCGGGGGGCUCCUUCAUCCCGGGACCUGAACCUGCCUAUCGCCAUUUGCUUCCUGAAGACGGGACUGCAACAGCAACAGGAGACCUUUCGCUAGAAAUAGGAGCCCAGAUGGAGGAGAAAUUGUGUCUUGACUCUCCAGAGCUACUGCAGAAUAUUGCUGAUCCUCUAGCCAGGACUCUCAGCUCAGGAGAGGUUGCUGAUGAUGAAGAUGACUGCUCCAGUUUUGAAUCCCCCCGAAUCCAUGGUCUGAGGCAACAACCUUACAGCUCCAGUUCUUCUUUCUCAUUGAGGUGGAAAUCUUUGCUGAACCUGGAUUUAUCUGCCCUUUCUCUUGCCAGCCACAGCUUUCCCACCUCACCUGCCCCAAAUGGUUUCCUAAGGCAGAGAGAGGAAAUAGGAUCCCAAAGCCUGUGGCCUGCUAAAAGCUCUUCAUUUGAGCCCACAGCCUCAUGUUUACCAUCUGGUUUAUUGAGCUCUGCAUUGGGCCCCUUGCUUCCAACACAUGGAAUGCCAUGUCCAGCAUCCCGCAGUGGUGAAGCUGUAGCUGAGGCGAGCAGGAGGCGGUCCUCUUUUCAGACUGAUUACUGGGCCUGUGUGCUGCCGGAUUCCCUUCCUCCAUCUCCUGAUCGUCACUCCCCUCUUUGGAAUCCAAAUAAAGAGUAUGAAGACUUGCUUGAUUAUACUUACCCUUUAAAGCCCAAGGCCCAGCUUCCAAAGCAUGUUGACAGCCAUGUGCUGGCCGACACCUUCCUGCAUGACUCAGGUGUUGACCUGGACAGCUUUUCCCUCUCACCUGAGAACACCCUGAAGUCCCCUGCUACUCUGUCCCAUGACUGCCUACCAACAGAACCAGAUGUUCAUCUCCCUCCAGAACCCAGGAGCUGUGAUGACAAGUUUUCUACUGUGGUGUCCCAGACCCAGGGUAGCUUCGGAUUGGCAGCUUCUAGUCAAUUUACAUCUACUCCCAAGUCCAGUAGUAGACAUGCUCUUCAGAAUGACAAGGAGCAACUUCUAAUGAACUUCAGGAAAUCUCUACCUAUGGGAAGAUGCCUCGAGGUGCACUUGCCAUCGCCUGGAGAAUGGUCCCAAGGGAGUUCCUUUUCGACAAUUACAGGAAAGAAUGGUGGGAGUGGUGAUCUCCAGUGUCUUUCCCAUGAGGCUCCAGUGGAAUCUGGGUGGAAAACACCAGAAGAUAUUGAAAUUGAAGAAGAAUAUCUUGCUCUGCCCCCUCGGCUGACCCAGGUUUCCAGUCUGGCUCCAUAUCUGUCUACCAUUCAGACACCUGAUUCCCAGCCUUCUGUAGCCACUGAAGGGCAAGGUUUACCAGCUGCCUCUAGUGGUAAAGAGCCAGCUCCCCUUCUGCACCAUAGCAAAAGGCAGUCUCCUACUUGGGAAGAAUCCAGAGGGAAGUGGGGUCCUCUAGAUAAGGAUUGCUGUACCCAGACGCCCCACUCUCAGUUUCAAGAACUUGAUAGGGAAGGUGAUACUAACACAUUGAUCAGUCAGGACCCAGGAGGCCCAGCCAGCCGACUAAGGACAAUUUCCUCCUUUAGGAAAAUGCUUGGGGGGCUGGCUUAUUCUGACUUGAAGCCAGAAGGGCAGCAUCUGAAGAAAGAGAGGGACCAAGAAAGAGAAUCCCUUCUGCAGUGUGUGAAGAUAUUUUGCUGUUACCUGGAGGAGCUCAUUUGCUGGCUGUAUAAAGUAGCUGAAGUUACAGACAACCUGAUUCCACCAAAAUCUAACCUUGCAAGUCUCAAGUCUUCCCUGCAGCUUUAUCGGCAAUUUAAAAAAGACAUAGCUGAACACCAAUCCCUGACUGAGAGUGUCUUACAGAAAGGGGAAAUUCUGCUCCAGUGCUUGUUGGAUAACGCAUCAGUUUUAAAGGAUGUCCUUGGGUUGAUUGCAAGGCAAUCCAGUGAGCUGGAGGACCAUGCAGAACGCCUGUAUGACUCAGUCUUAGCAGCUCUAGACAUGAUGGCCAGGGCUUCUGGCCCAGACAGCAAGCCAGCUACAUGUGAAAGGAUAUAACCAGGUAACAUCUCAAGCAGUGUUGGAAUCUGCCAGCCCAAACCUGGUUGUUUGGAAAAACAAGAAUUUGCUGGAAGCCCAGCAAAAGUGAUUUUUUGCCAGAUCAUACUGAUGUAGCAGAGAACCACAGCACUGACCUACUGGCUCUAAAUGAAUUUCUCGUGUGUGAAGUGGAAAGCUACUUCAAUUAUUAUUGAAAAAAUGAAUCUUCUAAUUAGAACCCAUAAAAGGGAAAAGCAGAUGCCUUCCAGACCAAGGUUUUCUCAAAUGGUGCUUCCAGCGACUCUAUGGGGAUUGCCAAGCCACUCAGCUUCUUAGUUCUUAAUAGAAAAUAGUGUGACAAGUUUGUCCGCUUAAAAAUGGAAUGGCAACAGUUCUCAUAGCCAGACAGUUGUCUCAAGAACCUGUUUGCAUCACCUGUUUUAUUUAAGUGUCCACAGAAGGCUAGAAAUAUGACAUUGAAAAUACUUUGCUUCCAAACUGGGAACUAAGAGGUAUCAUUGGCCAGAGGCUUUUGAUCUUUCCACAAAGAAACCUCAUUUGGGAAAAUCAAAUCUUGUUUGGGAAACCUCAUUUUGCAUGUUUACAACAAGAAAGGCAUUAACACUUGACCUGCUGAUGAAAAUGAAUACAGCCCAUUGAAAUGUUGGGGAGAUAGUAACACUAGUUUUCUUGCUGAGGACAAUUGUCUUCUCUGUUGAAUUGAAAAGAUGGUACCUCAGUAAAAAACAUUAAAUGCCUGUUACUGAAGGCACUUCAGAUUCUUAUCAAAUGGAUGAUUUGAUGUGAUUUUUAUGCCCAUCUCUUGGGUAACUUACAGUAUUCCUCGAAGUUUAGGUUCUAAGUGUACCUCUACCCUUAGCAAAAGCACUAGAAAAAGAAGAUGGAGUCUCCUUACCACCUUAAAGUGGAAGUGUAAUUUAACCAAUUAAAUAAUUCUAUACCUUUUUAGAAAAGUGAUGCUAACUAUCGGCCUGCAGAACAUAAAACUCCAUUUUCACAAACUGAAUUCUCUCAGGUCAUGAAUGAAAGAAGAUAAAAGAGGAAAGUAGGUAGAAUAUAAAAAUCCUAAUAACUAAGAAUUGAGAAAAGGGUGUUUGGUAGUAGAGCAUUAGAAAAAAGCCCUUAGGGGUUUUGGGGAAUACUUUUAGAUUUGAAUAUGUUGCUUUAUAAAGAAAAGCCAGUUACAUUUAUGAAGGAUGGGAUAGGUCGGCUGUAGAUUUAAUUAUUUUCUGAGGUUAACCGUGAGGUACGUAUUUCUAAACAUUCAACUGUAGCGAAAGAAAAUUGCAAGCCCCAUUAAAGUGGUAUAAAACCUCUUUGAAGCUAGAUUAUAGUAAUGUUCUGGGAUAUACAAAAUGUAAAUUGCUUACCUAUAUGUUCUAGCCAAUUCCAGCCAUUUCAGAUUGUUGGUCAUGCAUUACAAAGAGGUAAUUCCUGCCUAGUCUGUUACAAGGAAUUCUAAGUUAGAUGGUAAAAUGUUUAUGGGGAGGAAAUAAUCCUCUAAGACUUAAGACCAGUUAAAACACAAAAUGAAAUGUCUCUAGAUGUGUUGUUAAUUAAAUUAAUAAUAUACACUAUCGACAGAAGGCUAGAGUAAAGACGACCCUGGUUCAAGUUCUCUUCCUGACAAUAUGUGACUCUGAUCCUGGGCAGUUGUGACCUAAAUCAUGCAGUGCCCUACCCUGCCCUGGCCUAGCCUUCAGGCAGUUCACUAAGACUGUCACUAAGACUGGAGGAGUUACUGGUCUGCAUUGAUGGAGGGAGUCAACAUAUUGGAAGUUCUAUAUACAAAUGAAAUUGUUGUUCUGGAAACACUUCCCCUCCCCUUCAAAAAAAAAACUGUCCUAUAGAGACAGUUGGUAUAGGAGAGAAAGAAUGCUGGGCUUGGAGUUAGAAAAACAAGGCUUAAUCCUGCCACUAGCAAUGUGACUAUGGGCCAAUCACUUCACCUGCUUCCUCUAUGAUAAUGUGUGAAUGCCUAUAGUAGGCAUCUCAUGAGAUAUACUGUGAUGUUCAAAUGAAAAUGUCUGUAAAGCACUGUGUAAAAAAACCAGUCAACGGCUUCUCAGAGUGUGGUCAGGGAAAAAUGAGACAGGUUACAGGAGGUCAAAAAUAUUUUUCAUAAUACAGUUUAAUUUCUAAAUUAGAAAUAUGAGGGUCCUCAGUUUUUAAUUAUAAAAGGUCUUGGGACGAGAAAGUUGGGAAGCACUGAACUGAGUCAUAGACUGGUUGUGAUCAGUAUUAGUGAAAGGGAUGUCUAAUACUAGUGAAAUCACAGACACUUCAUAUUUUGCCCCCAAAUACACAGUAAUCCUUAAAGGAAGAGAAAUACUAGUUUGCCACAUUUGGACUGAUUUUAAAAUAGGAAUCUGUACAUGUGUCAGCUGUAUCAGAAGAACAUCCUGUAGAAAGAAGCUACUCAGUACUAUAUAACAAGUGACAGCAGAAAAUGGAAAUCUACACUCAUGGUGCCUCCUGAAAUUUAGUACUAGAUUUACACGACUUAGGAAAGGGAAGUUCCACAGAACAUUGAUGGGAGAAACCCUUUUUCUAUAAGUGACACUCCAACUCUACAUCAUACAAAAGAUUUUUUAAGAUACUAGCAUUCAAAUUCUUUUUCCAGUGAGUAGCAAAACACCACACUAUCUGUGGAAGUUGCUUUAUAGCUGGCUGAGAAAGCCAGUAGCCAAGUCGAUAGCCACUAUUCUUUUUUUUUUAUUGGCGGGGGGGGGGGGAAUGAGGCAAUCGGGGUUAAGUGACUUGACCAG